GUAAAAAAGGCGCGCUGGAACGGCUCAGGAUCCAAAGUAUAGCUGAUCAUCACAUCCGAUCGCGAAUCGUUCCCUUCCCGUAGAGUUCCGGACUCUUUUCUCCUCCAAAAUCACCUCCUCACCCGUACCUCUCGCCCUUUCCCGUCGCUCCAAUUCCUCUUCGUUCCUGCUGGUCGGUCCUCGUCCAUGAUCAAUAAUCCCUACAGGCUUGCGACACUGUACCCAUAAGCCGGGGCUACUGCUGUCAAGUCACAAACGAGACAUUCUGGCCAGGGUUUGAAGACCUUCAGAACGCUUCUCCGGGCAACUUUGUCUUCGCGAUGGUGUUAGGAUGGUGUUAUGUCCUAUCAGCUCGGCAUAUCGAGCUCCCUCCUCCUCCUCCUCCUCCUCCUCCUCAGGACUCGAUCUACAGACGUCAAACUCUUUAGACGAGCCCACGCGACCAAGCUUCCGAUCGAUACGCACAGAAGUGGUACCCGGUUCUCGUGCCGCACUACAAGGAGGCAGUCUUCCCAAAUAUGGGUCGUGCGCGACCUGGUAAUGGGAAGGAGGAUGUGGCAGCCGCAACACCUCAGCGGGGAUUCUCUGGACGUAGAGAAGGCACUAGUCUGAGUAUAGGAAUACAAAUCGUCGCUCGCCACGGUCGAAAGACAGCAAGGAAUAACGGCCCCUGACUACGGAAGCUCGGCUCAAGGACAACGACGUCUUGUCGGGCGACUAUGCCAUCGCCAACAAGGCGAGGUCGGUUGGCCCGGCCAAAUUGCAAGUUUCUACGCCUUGUGAUUGACCUCCAAAUCCUGUAGCUCUACUUUAAUUUCCUCUCAGUCUGCGCCGACUCCGCCUUCACCUGCGAUUAGUUAUAUAUUUAGCGGAGGCUAUGCGUAGAUAGUUUGGCCUAAGAUCAAACUCUUUGAUCUUUAUCUCUAUCUGGUGAAAUAUGUGUAUAGGGAGUAUAAUCAAGGCUCGAUACUUCUGGCAA